UUCCAUUUCCAGCCAUGUCGGAACCCAUAACGCUGAACGUUGGCGGGAAAUUAUACACGACCUCCCUCUCCACUUUGACCAGCUUCCCAGACUCAAUGCUGGGCGCUAUGUUCAGCGGGAAGAUGCCCACCAAAAGAGACAACCACGGCCACUGCUUCAUUGACCGAGACGGCAAAGUUUUCCGCUACAUCCUCAACUUCUUGAGAACUUCUCACCUGGACCUGCCCGAGGACUUCCAAGAAAUGGGCCUGCUUCGGCGAGAAGCAGACUUUUACCAGGUCCAGCCACUCAUCGAGGCUCUACUGGAGAAGGAGGUGGAGCUCUCGAAAGCCGAGAAGAAUGCCAUGCUCAACAUCACUUUGGAUCAGAGGACCCAAACGGUUCACUUCACCGUCCGGGAAGCUCCUCAGAUCUACAGCUUGUCCUCUUCGAACAUGGAAGUCUUCAGCGCCCACAUCUUCAGCACGUCCAGUCUGUUCCUCAAACUCCUGGGCUCCAAACUCUACUACUCUUUCAACGGCAACCUGGCCUCCAUCUCUACUUAUUUAGAAGACCCCUACCACGUCACUUUGGAUUGGGUGGCCAGCGUGGAAGGUCUACCCGAAGAGGAAUACACACGGCAGAACUUGAAGAGGUUGUGGGUCCUGCCUACCAAGAAACAAAUUAACAGCUUCCAAGUCUUUGUGGAGGAAGUCCUAAAAAUUGCCAUGAGCGACGGGUUUUGCGUGGACGCCACUCACCCGCACACAACAGAUUUCAUGAAUAAUAAGAUUAUUCGGCUGAUUCGCUACAAAUAGACAGACACAAGAAGACGGUUUCCCAGCAAACCAUGCGACGUCGCGUCGCGUCACAACCUUACAGCCUGGAGCUGACUUGGCAAACCAUGGUCUAAUCCAAACCUUGGUUCUAACUGGAGAAGGCCUAGUUUUUGUUUUUUGUGUUUUUACUAAAAAGACUAACCCAGUUUUUGCUAAAACUAGAGACGGGAACGCGAUGGGUUUUUAUGUGGGAAUUACGUAGGGGGUCUUGCUCCGUAGAGGGCGGCUCAGUGGCUAAGACGCUGAGCUUGUCGAUCAGAAAGGUCGACAGUUUGGCGGUUCGAAUCCCUA